GGAAGUUAAGUAUGUGGUCUCCCUUUUUCCCUUCGUCGCCAUCAUCAGGUAUAGCUGUUUAUUUUUACGCACUAAAUAUCCCAGUACAUCGUUGUUAUUACAAUACAUAUUGUUACGACUGUAUCAUAUAAGCAAAAUAAAUGAAUUAGAUUUUUGGCUUUAUUGCCUUAUUGUCUUCAUUUUUUUUGUUCAAUAUUAAAUUUAACUUGAAAAGUAUUGCAAAUACUUUCAUUGAAGUUUCUCUUUCCUUGAAAUAAAUUUAGCUUAUUAUCUUACAAGUUUCCACGGUUUAAGUAUGUCUAACUCCCUCAUGAUAUAAUUAUUUUAAGAUUAUUAAUCUACCUGAAUGAAAGCCAUUAGUCUAGAAUUAAAAAAAAAAAUGUAAACAAUUGGUAGCCUACAUUUCUGAAUUUGAUGACAGUCUGAUUACAGAUUGGGCUUACUCAUAAUUUAAAAGUUAGCAACACCUAAAUUAAUUGCACUAGGCUUCUACUUAUAGAUUUUUCAAUAUUCCAACUAACCCAAAAUGAAAUUUAAUUUUUAACAUUAUUAUUUAGAUUGCCAAGAUGGUGCGUAUGAAUGUAUUGGCAGAUGCCCUCAAUUCAAUUUCUAAAGCUGAAAAGCGUGGAAAACGACAGGUGUUGCUGAGACCAGCAUCCAAAGUCAUAGUAAAGUUCCUAGGUGUAAUGAUGAAACAUGGUAAGAAGUACUGUCAAAUUACAAAAAAUUGUUCAUAUUGGCUUGGCUUAAUUGUCAUGUGUCAGUUGAUGCUUUUUAGUACACUGACUCUGAAACAAUGAUCAUGGUUUCCUUUUCUGCUGGUUAGACCUAUAUACUAAUAGACAUCAAACACUAAUGCCUACUUAUUUCAGACCUCUUAAACUGAUUAACUACCAUCUGUCACUGGUAGCACCAAGAAUUUUUCCAUUUGCCAUGGCCUUCGGCCAUGAGCUAUUGCUAGCAUCACUGUGUGAUUGUUCAUAUUCAUUCGACUUCGUAGUAAAACUAGUUAUAUUUACAUUCUUACUUUCAUUUUUAUAUUUUGAGGGUAGUUAACAAUAUAUAUAUGCCAACUAGCAAUAAGUUGACAAAAAAACAAUCAUACUAUAAAUAUGUUGACAUCAAUGUUUAUGUGAUUACUGAUACGGUUGUUCAUAGUCAAAAUGUGUAAACUUUUUUAAUAUUUAGUGUAGAUGUAAUUGCAAAAAUUAUUAGAAGAGUAAAUAAUAAUUAAAUGUUUUGGAAAUUGAAAUUGAUGGUAUUGUGGCAAAUUGUUAAAAUCCUUUGUUGUGUAAUUAUAUAAUAAUGAAGCAAAGGUUUGUUUUUAAUUUAUCUUAAAGAAAAUUCAUUUAUCUGCAAAAUAUUUACUGAUAAUAGACUGAAUUUGUACACAAAACUUGCAUAUGAAUAUGGGAAGAUGUAACUUACUUUUGAUUCAGCCACAGCACUUUUUCAAUGCAGUAGCUAAUUAUUUAACAUUGUACUCCCAUAAUAGUACGAAAUGGUCUCAGAAAUUAAUUACUUUAGUUUUGCUACUGGUGCUAUUAUUAUUAUUAAUUCAUUAUAGCAAUAUAGAAGAAAGCAAAAUCGAAUAGUUGGCCUUAUUGAUUUGAAUUAUGUGUCCACUAAAUCAUACAAUGAUAAAUUCACUUGAUCGUCUUCCUUGAUUUACAGUAGACUGAUUAACUCUUGAUGAUUUUUUUUAAAUACUAUUUUAUUAGACAUGCAAUGUGAAUAGUUAUUCUAUUCAUUAUACUGUAUGAUUAUUUAUUUACUAUUACAAUACAAUAUUGUACGAUUUUGAGAUGGCAAAGUACUAUUCUGAAACUAUAUUGUACUAUUUCGGGAGAUACAAUGUAACCAGGUCUGUUGUAUAUUCUUCAUUGCAAUACAAAUAUUUUUCAAUUCUUGUUGUUUUAUCAUCCAAAUUGGAUCUUCAAGCCUAUAUAGGUCACAGAAUUGUCCAAAUUCAUUCUUUCUGAUGGGUUUGGGUAUAGGACCUUUUUGGUGCUCAAGUUGUGAAACAUUUGCUUGUCAUUUUUUUUUUUUUACAGUAGUGCCAGUUUUAUAUAUAUAUAUAUAGAUUGUUCAGUGUUUGUGCUUAACUAUUAGUGUCCGUAGGUCAAAUCCACAUCUUGAUGCAGUUUUUUUUUUUUUUUUUUUUUUUUUUUUUUUUUUUUUUUUUUUUUUUUUUUUUUUUUUUUUUGUUUUAUUUUUUUUUUUUUUUUUUUUUUUUUUUUUUUUUUUUUUUUUUUUUUUUUUUUUUUUUUUUUUUUUUUUUUUUUUUUUUUUUUUUUUUUUUUUUUUUUUUUUUUUUUUUUUUUUUUUUUUUUUUUUUUUUUUUUUUUUUUUUGUGAUAAAGUUUGACCCUAGGUGACAAUGUUUCAUACUUUUUCUAGUAAAAUUGAGAUAAAAAACAAAUGCCUUGCACAUUUGAAAAAUGUAAACACCAGAAGAGGAUGUGGAAAUAUUGUUUUGGACAAAAUACAGAAAUAUUUAUAUACAAUCCCAAAAUUAAAGAGUCACUACGAAACGCCACAUAGAUUGGCUCGCGUCAAAAUGUAACGUUUAGACUGGUGCAUUGAACUUUAAGAGUUAAAAUAAGUUUUAUCUUGUUUCAUUUUAACAGUUAGAAGUUUAAUGGCCAAAGAAAAGUAGUGGGCUUUGAUGAGCAAGUCAAUUUCUAUUCAGCUUGUUAAAAAAAAAUGUUAUUUUUUAAAUACUAGGUUACAUUGGUGAAUUUGAACAGAUUGAUGACCACAGAAGCGGCAAGAUAGUAGUUAACCUUACAGGACGAUUAAACAAAGUGAGUUGCAGUUAAGAACAUUAUCAGCCUUUUGUUUAAUUAAUGCAUGCCACAUCCUUGCUACAUUUUAACUGUGCCUGAGCUACCAGCAGUGUCUUGGAUAAGUCCUAUUUAUUUGUUCUCAUAUUCCAGUGCAUAUCUGGAGCUACAAAGCAAAUAUUUCCUUCGCUAUGUGGCAUAAAAUAAAUCUAUAUACUCUAUCAAAAUCAGUUAUUUACCUCCCCUCAUAUUAUUCUAGUUUGGUAUUAAGAUUUACAUUUUAAGAUUUUGAGCAUUUUUCUUGAUUUAUAGUGGUUAAAUUCAUUGUUUGGAUAUCUGGUGAAUAUUAGUGUAAUACAUUUCUGUUUUCAGUGUGGUGUAGUAAGCCCAAGGUUUGAUGUCUCUAUCAGGGAUAUGGAGAAAUGGACUAAUAAUCUUCUCCCCUCAAGACAAUUCGGGUUUGUUAAUUAUCUUAAGUCAUUAAUUUAAUUGAUGUCUUGUACGGUACAGCAUGUAUUUGAGGGCAGGUCAUCAAUGUGAACAAGUAUUGAACAAUCCCAAUGGUAAAGACUAUUUUCGGUUUUUGAAAAACAGACUCAGACACUUGGGUAAAAUAUUUAUGCAUGUGACCAAUGUUCACUUGUUGAGAAUUAGUACCAAGUUUAAAAUAAAUGGUAAAAUGGUUCAAAAGUAUGGUGGUGGAAGUGUCACACAAAAAGUCAAAGUGUCAGGGCAGAACAAUUUAAGUUGAACUUUUCUGGUUGAUUUUUUUUUUUUUUUUAAACUUUCAUAAUGGGUGUUGUUGCAAAUAUAUUCGGCCUCAACUGAACAAUUAUUACUGCAAAUCAGGCAUUUAUAUGUUUAAACAGACCCAACCAACAUUGUAUGAGAUAAUCGGUAGCACAAUGAUACUGACUGUUGAAAUGUCAUUCAUUUCACAGUGUUAACAGAAUUCAUGCUAUUAUGAUUUCUUGUCACAGUUACUCAGAAUAUUUAGCUUAAAUGGGUCUCUGAAUUAAUUUUCUAUUAGUUUUUGGUAUUUUAGUGAUACCAUACAUAUUUUACAAAGCAAAGAGUGAAUCAGAGUGCAUAAUUAUUAUUCAAGCUUUGUAGUUCCAUUCCGCUUACUGGUAUACUUGUUUUUGCACCACUCAACAGUCAAUUUUUAUUUUUUAUUAUUUUCAGGUAAAGUACGAAUAAAAUGGUGCCUAACGUUGUUUUUUUAAUCCGGGUAACUGUCCGGUUCCGUUUUAUUGGCUAGGUGUAAAACUGAACAUUUCGUGCGUUAGCGUCCAGCUCAGCCCUGGUGGCUACCAGUAGUGCAAAUAUUUGAUUAAUGCAUUGCUAUCCCAGAUUAGAAACCUUUCUGCAUAGUUCAAGUUUUAUAUUGUAUUAUGUAUACAUUUUCAUUGUCUUUACUUAGCCAAAAAGCUUGAUUCUUUUGUUGUGGCCUAAGGUUUAUCGGAAGACAUUUUAUUUUAAUUUCAUUUUUUUAAAGUUUUUUUGUUGGUUUUUCUAUUUACAGUUUCAUUGUGUUAACUACUUCCAGUGGAAUUAUGGAUCAUGAAGAAGCCAGGAGGAAACACUUGGGGGGCAAGAUUCUUGGGUUUUUCUUUUAAUGAAAGUAUGGUGCAGUACAAUUAAACAAGUUAACAUUAAU